AUGAUGGUUAAGAAGGUUAACAAAAUGAGGCUCGCUGAGUACAUUGAAUCAAUGAGUGGUGUGAAGACAAAGCGAAUACACAAGUACAAAAAAGCAGCUGCUAAAUAUCUUGGCAUUAUCCAUCGAUAUGACAGUAUCGAGCUUGCACUCGCAGAGGACGGAACUUGCACUCGCAGUCGUUGCUUCGUCCUCCGGGGUUCGGCACCAAGAAAAGACCCAACCCGCCUGGCCGCCUUGCUCCCGCCUAGCGACUGCCUAGCCGCCCAGCGACCGCCUAGCCGCCUAGAGCCCGCCUAG